UUGAGGGCGAGUGCAGGAAGUGUGUGUGUGAGAGAGAGAACAUGAGUGUUUGAGAAACUAAGUGUGGAAAAUGAGUCUGCCCGAGGGAAACUGUGUGUGUGUGUGUGUUUGUGUGAAUGUGUAAGGCAGCGUCCAAGUGACUGUGGAGGUAAGAAUCUCACCACACCACAGGGGAGGCCAUUUGGCCCAUCCUACCCAUGCAACCCAUCUGCAGAUUUUUAUUAUCCCUCCGCUGAUUUCUCUCUGAGAAUCGACUCCAGGAAGAUCAGGACUUAAUAGCUUUCAUUGCAGCGGCGGCUGCUGCUGAUAUUGUUGAGGAGGGAUUGUUUCCGGGUGGAGGGCCGGGUCCAAGUUUGUUUCUGGAACAGAAAUUGAAAGUAAAAGUGGACAUUUCUCCACCCGUCGUUUUUGGAGAUGAGUCGCGGGUCGAGCUCCGGCUUCGACCGCCACAUCACCAUCUUCUCGCCCGAGGGGAGGCUCUACCAAGUAGAGUAUGCCUUCAAAGCCAUCAACCAGAGUGGUCUCACCACAGUGGUCAUCAGAGGAAAGGACUCAGUUGUGGCUGUGACACAGAAGAAGGUGACGGAUAAGCUGAUUGAUGCCAGCACAGUGACCAACAUGCAUCGACUAACGGAACUGAUUGGCUGUGUGACAACAGGCAUGUUAGCGGAUUGCCGGUCCCAGGUGCAGAGGGCUCGACAUGAAGCUGCCAGUUGGAAAUACAAGUAUGGAUACGAUAUCCCGGUGGAAAUGUUGUGCAAGCGAAUGGCGGUCAUCUCCCAGGUCUACACUCAGAAUGCAGAAAUGAGACCUCUAGGAUGCUGCAUGUUGCUCUUUGCCAUCGAUAAGGAACGCGGACCCCAGCUGUACAAGUGUGACCCUGCCGGGUAUUACUGCGGCUUCAAGGCCAGCAGCGUAGGGGUUAAACAGAUCGAAGCCAACAGCUACUUGGAAAAGAAGUUGAAGAAGAGGCCAAACCUGACGUACAAAGCCACGGUGGAGCUUGCAAUUUCCUGUUUGACCACCGUCCUUGCACAGGACUUCAAGGCCACAGAGAUAGAAGUUGCCAUUGUCACCGCGGAGAAUCCCACGUUCAGCAUCCUCAGUGAAUCAAAGAUCGAGAAACAUUUGGUGGACAUUGCAGAGAGAGACUGACUCCCUCACGAAGACCAAGUGAAGCUCAGUUUAAAGGCUGCUCUGCAAACAGGAGAAAGCAACGAAGACAUAAAACAUUCCUCCUUCCUGCACUCCCUCAAAUGUCUUCACACCACUUUCAAGCAGAGAUUCACAAAUGCAGUAGUUUUAAUUAGAGAACGUUGAUUGUUCUGUGUGUGUAAAAUACUCUGAGCAACUCAGAAUUAAAAAUGGCGUGAAGAUGAACAUAA